AUAUUUUUCAAAGCUAAAACCCAAUAUUGCUUUCAUUAGCCUUAACUUGUAUGAAAGUUGUUCAGGGUUUAGCAAAUAUAAAUCUAACUUUUGUGGAUCUGCUUAUACGUGAAUGCUGAUGGCCAUGACGAGCGGCGGGGUUGCGAAAUCAAAGAUGUUUAUGCUUAGUUCAUAUUACAGGGAAGCUAAGCACGCGCAAGGAGAUCAUCGACGCCAUUUCAGCAGCAAGCUGAGGGGAGCUGCAGAAAACAUAUCAAGCAGAAUGGUUGAGAGUGAUAGUGAGGAUACUGACAUGAUGGAAAGUGAGACUGGCAGUAAUAGUUCAUCUUCAUGGAGGUGCAACUGGGUGCCACAUCCAAGAACAGGAAUAUACGUUCCGAAGGGGCAUGAAAAGGUCAUGGAUGAUGUGCCUAAGGGAGCUGCUUCUCUUAACCAGACUUUCUGGCUCAGGAACGUCGACGGAGUACUUGAGAAACCCGACCCGGAUACUCCUCCUGAGCAUUACUAUCACUACACGCAUAUGUAAUGUGACAAAUGGACCGUGAUUCAAUUCAUCGUGAUCGCGAUCAUCGUUAUAUAUAGCUGAGUAAUUAAAGGUAAUAAAAAUUAGUACUAAGGAUAUUCUGAAUAAUAUAUGGCCACAUAUAAUUUGAAGCCCGGAAGGGUUUUACGACUUUCUUUGUUGUGGCCAGAUGCAUAUAUAGAAGCAGUAGUAUAGGCUGUAUAGCAGUGUAAUUAAUAAGCUUGUGCCCCUUAGUAAUUUGGCUGCAUCAUGGUGCUAGUCAUUUGUAAUUAAGGUAUAUAUAAUACAUUAUAUAUAAAAUAAUGUUUACACAUA